AAGUGUUAUCUUUGGGCUGCCAAUGAGAAUCGUGUUCUACGGAUAUAUUGUGGAGAAAACAAAUUGCACAGAAAUGAAUACUCUUACCAGGAUCUUAUGAAAUUGUUCUUCAGUGUUGUCAUAGACAUUUCUGGAGAAACGAAUCUUUGAAAUUAUGUGAAAAGAGACCAUUUUUCAAAACAAUGGGGGAAAAAGCAAGAAGUUCAGAUAGUGAUGAAGAAAGACAGACAGACAAACGCCAUUAUUAUUAUUCUUCUGAUUUUGGAACUACACCACAGUCUUCUGGCCAGUCAUCACUGGUUGAUUCUUCACCUCCACGUGUUAAGGGGAAAAAUUAUAAAAAACAGACUUCAGAUAGCCAGGUGUAUCACCAAGCCUCUAGGAAACCAAGCCCUAAGGGCCUACCGAACAGAAAGGAAGUCAAGGUGGGAUUUCGCUCCCAGAGCCUCAACAGAGAGCCACCUCGGAAGGAUGCUGCGGACAUUGUUACAAGACGGGUCCUUUCUUCAAGACUGCUAAAAAUCAGUGAAUUGCAGAAUGAAGUGUGUGAACUCCAGGGCAAGUUAGCCGAGCUAUUAAAAGAAAAUAAAUCUUUGAAAAGGCUUCAGUACAGACAGGAGAGAGCUCUGAAUAAGUAUGAGGAUGCAGAAAAUGAGAUCUCACAGCUUAUAGUUCGUCAUAACAAUGAGAUCACAGCUCUCAAAGAACGCUUAAGAAAAUCUCAAGACAAAGAGCGGGCAACUGAGAAAAGGGUGAAGGAUGCAGAAAGUGAACUCUUUAGGACAAAAUUUUCCUUACAGAAACUGAAAAAGAUCUCUGAAGCUAGACAUCUACCCGAACGGGACGAUUUGGCAAAGAAACUCGUUUCAGCAGAAUUAAAGUUAGACGACACUGAGAGGAAAAUUAAGGAGCUCUCAAAAAACCUGGAGCUGAGUACUAGCAGUUUCCAACGACAGUUAGUUGCUGAAAGGAAAAGGGCAUAUGAGGCUCGUGACGAAAAUAAAAUUCUCCAAAAGGAGCUACAGCAACUAUAUCACAAGUUAAAGGAAAAGGAGAGAGAACUGGAUAUAAAAAACAUAUAUUCUAAUCGUCUGCCAAAGAGUUCUCCAAAGAAAGAAAAAGAACGUACAUCAAAAAAAAAUGCUGCAUGCCAGAGUGAUUUUACAGACCUGUGUACAAAAGGAGUACAAACCACUGAAGACUCAGAGGUGGAAGAAUUUCCUAUGAUACCACAAACGAUGACGUUUUAUGAAAACAAAUGGGGAGAACGAGAACGUCUCGCUUCGGACCUGGAACCCCAGGAGGGAGAUAAACCUGGAGGAGCAAGGAUGCUAAAUCCAUUUGUGGAAAGAGAAGAAAAAUUCAUGAAAGAUCAAGGACUUCGUUUUGCAAAACAGGAGAUGGAGAAGCUGGAGGAUGAGUGGGAAAGAGAAGAACUUGAUAAAAAGCAAAAAGAAAAGAUAUCUUUACUGGACAGGGAAGAAUUGGAAACUGGAUGGUACCACUUGGGACCGCACCACAUUCAGAACAUUGACAGGUUGGCAGAGGAGGAGGAGGAGCGGCUGAAGAGGGAGAUGCUGCUGGCUAAGCUGGACGAGAUCAGCAGAGAGAUCCAGGACGCCCAGAGUCUGAAAGGGCCUCCUCUGCCAUUGCUGCCAGACUUGGGAUCAAAACUGCACUCCCCAGAGAGAAGCCCCAAAGCAUACCCGUUCUCUGAGUCCUCGGAGAGAUUAUAUAAUGGGCGUCAUUUGCAAGAUAUCGGUUUUUUAACUCCAAAAGGGGAGGGUCAGGAUCCAGGAACUGGUAGAAGUCCAGCCUCUCCAGCUGACUUUAUGUUUGGUAGCUAUGUACCUUCAUUUGCAAAAACAUCAGAGAAGUUAGAUCUUUUUAGCCAAAAAAGCGGUGUUUUGGAUUUCCCGAGAGAAGACAGUAUGGAAACACUUAGUAAAGGCAGUGUAAGAAAAGAGAAAAAGGCUCAUUUGAUGGAACAGCUAUUUGGUGCCAGUGCCAGCAGCACCAUUUCUUCUAAAAGCAGUGACCCACAUUCUCUGGCUGCCAGCAGAGCAGACUUUGACCCUCUAAAUAUUCUCCCUGGGGAUAGAAGCAGCAGGGGUAGAGACCGCGAUGAAGAAGAAGAUUUUUUCCUCGGUGAAGGGAGAAGUUUUAAUCCAAGCCGACACCGAUUAAAGCAUGCCGACAACGAACCAGCAGUGAAAGCCGUUGAUCCUGCAGACGACGAAAUCGAAGAAGUAGCGCUGAGGUGA